AUGUUGCCCGGGAACUAGGAGCCGGAGGAGCCCGCUCCGCGACUGCCGAUUCCAGACGAGCCCUGGGCCGGCGAGAUGUGCACCCUGGGGCUGUUCCCUCCGCCGCAGCCCAGGGGGCUAGUCACCCUGUACGAGCACAAUAACGAAUUGGUGACAGGCAGCAGCUACGAGAGUCCGCCUCCUGACUUCCGGGGCCAGUGGAUCAAUCUUCCAGUCCUGAACCUGACGAAGGAUCCUCUGAAGACCCCUGGGAGGCUGGACCAUGGCACGAGAACUGCCUUCAUCCAUCACCGGGAGCAAGUGUGGAAGAGAUGCAUCAACGUUUGGCGGGAUUUGGGCCUUUUUGGGGUGCUGAAUGAAAUUGCCAGCUCAGAGGAGGAGGUGUUCGAGUGGGUGAAGACGGCCUCCAGCUGGGCCCUGGCCCUCUGCCGGUGGGCCUCCUCCCUCCAUGGGUCGCUGUUCCCCCACCUGUCUCUCAGGAGUGAAGAUCUGAUUGCUGAAUUUGCCCAGGUCACAAAUUGGUCCAGCUGCUGCCUGCGGGUCUUCGCGUGGCACCCCCACACCAACAAGUUCGCGGUGGCCCUGUUGGAUGACUCGAUCCGCGUGUAUAACGCUAACAGCACUAUAGUCCCCUCCCUGAAGCACCGCCUGCAGCGGAAUGUGGCUGCUCUCGCCUGGAAGCCCCUCAGCGCCUCUGUCUUGGCUGUGGCCUGUCAGAGCUGCAUCCUCAUCUGGACGCUGGACCCCACCUCCCUGUCCACCCGGCCCUCUUCCGGCUGUGCCCAAGUGCUCUCACACCCCGGGCAUGCGCCUGUCACCAGCUUGGCCUGGGCGCCCAGUGGGGGGCGGCUGCUCUCAGCAUCACCCGUGGAUGCCGCUAUCCUGGUGUGGGAUGUCUCAACAGAGACCUGUGUGCCCCUUCCCUGGUUUCGGGGAGGUGGGGUCACCAACCUGCUCUGGUCCCCAGAUGGCAGCAAAGUCCUGGCUACCACACCCUCAGCUGUCUUCCGAGUCUGGGAGGCCCAGAUGUGGACAUGUGAGCGGUGGCCUACUCUGUCAGGGCGCUGCCAGACCGGCUGCUGGAGCCCAGAUGGAAACCGAUUACUCUUCACCGUGCUGGGGGAGCCGCUGGUUUACUCUGUGUCAUUCCCAGAACGCUGUGGUGAGGGACAGGGGCGCGUCGGAGGUGCCAAGUCUGCAACCAUAGUCGCCGAUCUAUCCGAGACAACAAUACAGACCCCAGACGGAGAGGAGAGGCUUGGGGGAGAAGCGCACUCCAUGGUCUGGGACCCCAGCGGGGAGCGCCUGGCUGUGCUCAUGAAAGGAAACCCACGGGUCCAGGACGGCAACCCAGUCAUCCUGCUCUUUCGCACUCGCAACAGCCCAGUAUUUGAGUUGCUGCCUUGUGGCAUCAUCCAGGGAGAGCCGGGAGCCCAGGCCCAGCUCAUCACUUUCCACCCUUCCUUCAGCAAAGGGGCUCUGCUCAGUGUGUGCUGGUCCACAGGCCGGAUCGCCCACAUUCCUCUCUACUUUGUCAACGCCCAAUUUCCACGUUUUAGUCCAGUGCUGGGCAGAACCCAGGAGCCCCCGGCGGGGGGCGGAGGUUCCACCCAUGACCUGCCCCUCUUUACGGAGACGUCACCCACCUCCGCCCCUUGGGACCCUCUGCCGGCGCCUGCUCUGUGCCACUCCCCCCGCCCCCACUUCUAAUAAUAGUAAAUUCUGUGUGUGUUCC